AAAGGCAAAAGGCGAGCGAUAAAGACAAGAAAAGAAUAAAAUAAAAAGAAACUUAAAAUUUACACGGCACAUACGAGUCUAUACGGAAGCAUUUCUGUCAGUUCGAAAAAUUGAUUUAUAACUGUUAUGAAAACGUCUCCUCUCCCAAACGCCUAACGCCUAACAAAAUCCCUGGCCGUGGCCCAAUAGCAGUGUCCCGCAGCAGUCGUAGCAGUCGCAGCCGCCCCCCAUCCCAGUAGGACGAGGGCAAAUAAAUACGAGAGAGGAGCCAAAGUCCAGAGACGAAAUGGUCACACCACAAUCGCCCGUUCCCAUGUUCAACGGGCUGGACGAUGAUUUGUUCAAUGAUGCGAAAUAUGCGCACGAGAUCAACGACAAGAUGCGCGUGCCGAAACGGAUAAAGGCCACCGGCGAGUACUCCGACGAGGAUCUGUUGCUGUCGAAUCAGAAUGGAAUGAUUAGUUCGUGGAAUUAUCAUGACAAGAUCGACAUGAAUGUGCCAGAUAGGAUUGUGGUGCUGGGCCACAAUCAGCAUCUGGAGACACGUUCGGCACCGCGUGAAAUCCAAUUGGAGAACUCCAUACUGCCCAAGAAUCCGUCGGUGGGCUUUCUGCGUGUACAGACGCCGCCGCGCGUCAUUACACUCACGGAUCAUCCCUUCCCAUCGGCCUCGGAGCAAAACUCGCCGCAUCAACGACCCAACGGGAAUUUCUAUGGCAACGAUCUGGACGGCGAUGUGGACGACGACGAGGAGGCACAACGUGCCACACAAUAUGUGCGCUCCAAUGGCAACGUGCGCAUGGGAUUUCAGAACAGCAACGACGCCAACUCCGUGGAAUCCGACUCGCAGCUUACAACGGGCAGCGGCAGCAAACGUUCGCAGCUGAUGCAACAGCAACUGCAGCAGCAGCCAAACAGUUUGGAUGCCUCCAUGCUGGCCCAGCGCGAUGGCACGCCCAUGGGCGAACUGUCACCGCACGAGGAGAUCCUCUAUCUGCGCCGGCAGCUGGCCAAACUGAAUCGACGCGUUCUGAACAUUGAGAUCAACAACGAGCAGCGGAUGCAGCGCGAGAAGAUUGUCUACUGUCUGGGCCUGGCCUACUUUGUGCUGAAGACCAUCUUCUGGCUGAACCGCAACUAGAG